AUGGAUGUUAAUGUUGUAGGCAAAGCUUCCCGAAAAACAUCAAUCAUUUGUACCAUUGGUCCAAAGACAAACACAAAAGAAAAACUAGUCGAGCUUAUCGAUGCUGGUAUGAGUAUCGUUAGAAUGAACUUUUCUCAUGGUGAUUAUUCCUAUCACUCUUCUGUUCUCAAUAAUGCUCGUGCCGCUGGUACUGAGCGACCCGACAAGGCCAUUGCAAUUGCCUUGGAUACUAAAGGACCAGAAAUCAGAACCGGUGUUAUGCGUGAUGGAAACGAUAUUCCUAUCAAGAAGGGCCAUGUUAUGAUCUUUAGCACAGACCCUCAAUACGAGGGAAUCUGUGAUGACAAGGUCAUGUAUAUCGACUACACCAACCUGCCUAAGGUCAUUAAUGUAGGCAUGCCAAUCUACGUGGACGACGGUGUCAUGUCCUUCAAGGUACUCGAGAAGGGCAGCUCGCACGUCAAGGUCGAGGCCCUCAACAACGGAACCCUGUCUUCUCGCAAGGGCGUCAACUUACCCGGAACAGAUGUCGAUCUUCCUGCCUUGUCAGAAAAGGACAAAUCAGACCUAAAGUUUGGCGUGGAAAACAACGUGGACAUGAUCUUUGCGUCCUUUAUCCGCCGUGGUCAAGAUGUCAAGGACAUCCGUCGCGUCUUGGGCGAAAAGGGCAAGAUGGUCAAGAUCAUCGUCAAGAUCGAGAACCACCAGGGUGUCAACAACUUUGACGAAAUUCUUGCAGAGACAGACGGUGUUAUGAUUGCCCGCGGAGAUUUGGGAAUCGAGAUUCCUUGCGAGCGUGUCUUUAUUGCCCAAAAGAUGAUGAUUGCAAAGUGUAACCUGCACGGCAAGCCUGUAGCCUGUGCCACCCAGAUGCUCGAGUCAAUGACCUACAACCCACGUCCAACGCGUGCAGAAGUUUCUGAUGUGGCGAAUGCUGUCCUGGACGGAGCAGACCUCGUUAUGCUCUCGGGAGAGACUGCCAAGGGAGCCUACCCAAUCGAGGCCGUCAAGACGAUGUCGAAUACAUGUGAGCUUGCCGAGUCAGUCAUCUGCCAUCCCCCCUUGUUCAACCAACUUCGAGCCCUCACGCCCUGGCCAACCGAGACCACUGAAACGAUUGCAUGUGCUGCCGUGUCUGCAGCAGCCGAACAGAAUGCUGGGGCUAUCCUCGUCCUCUCCCGUUCUGGCCAGUCUGCCCGCCUGGCAUCAAAGUACCGGCCCUCUCAGCCGAUUAUCUUGGUCUCCAGAAACGACCAGGUUGCUCGCCAGUCACAUCUCUAUCGAGGCGUGUUCCCAUUUGUUUACAAAGAAGAUCACAAGGAGGAUUGGCAGGAGGAUGUUGAGGCAAGAAUCAAGUGGGGAAUUAUGCAAGGCAAGAAGUUUGGUUUGGUCAAGUCCAAUGAUUCGGUCGUUGUUGUGCAGGGAUGGAAAACUGGUGUAGGAAACACCAAUGCGAUCCGGGUAUUGAUUGCUCCUUAA